CCGCCCGCCGCCCUGGUGCGGCGCCCGGCGGCUGGGCACGCACCCCAAGAAGGAGCCCAUGGAGGCGCUGAACACGGCGCAGGGCGCGCGCGACUUCAUCUACAGCCUGCACUCCACCGAGCGCAGCUGCCUGCUCAAGGAGCUGCACCGCUUCGAGUCCAUCGCCAUCGCGCAAGCAUGCAGAUAUCCAAAACCUGAGAUUAUCAUUGUGAAGCGUGCCAAGGAGAUAUCAGCAGAGAGCCCUGAUAGUUUUGAAAAAUUGGAAGCUCAACCACCCACCCCAGGACAGCUGAGAUAUGUAUUCAUCCACAAUGCGAUACCUUUCGUAGGGUUUGGCUUUUUGGAUAAUGCAAUUAUGAUUGUUGCAGGAACCCAGAUUGAGUUGUCUAUUGGAAUUAUUUUGGGAAUUUCAACGAUGGCAGCUGCUGCUUUGGGAAAUCUUGUGUCAGAUUUAGCUGGACUUGGACUUGCAGGCUAUGUUGAAGCUUUGGCUUCCAGGUUAGGCUUAUCAAUUCCUGAUCUUACACCAAAGCAAGUGGACAUGUGGCAAACACGUGUUAGUACACAUUUGGGCAAAGCUGUUGGAGUAACUAUUGGCUGCAUUCUAGGGAUGUUCCCGUUGAUGUUCUUUGGAGGAGGGGAAGAGGAUGAAAAACUGGAAGAGGAAAAGGAGUCUGCCUAGAAUACCUAUAAGGAUGUAAACUAAUGUACCUCAGUUAUUAAACAUGCUGUCACAACAGUUAAGAAUUAAGACAGAAACUUUGUAUAGAUACGGGAUCAAAUAAUUCAGCAUGUAUUAUGGAAAACACUAACUUAUUGUGGCUUGGUCUUCUUAGGACAUCUUUUUUUAAAAAAAAGAAACUAUUUAGUAUUGUUUUGUGUAAAUUGUUGAAGUGCUUUUUCUCAAAGACAGUCAACAUUUUAUCUUCUUCUGUUUAUAUAUCAAAAUAUUAUUUAAGUUGCAGUCGUUGGUGUACUGUACUGACUUGGGGUUUGCUUAUUUGUUACUUAAUGUGUACAUGCAUGAAAGUACUUGUUGUUGUUGUUAUUCCCUGAUAAUUAUGAUUCAACCUUAAAAUUUUUCCAAAUUUCUUAAGGUUAAUAUCAGUUAAAGAUUUUUUUACUCUUUUGGCAGCAUCAAUUUUGUACUGUUUCACAGUAAACAUUUGCAAUCAUGUAAUUUCAGUAAUUUUCUUAACUCACAUCUAUUCUAAAUGAAUGCAGAUUUUAAGUAUAUGUUACUCAUUUUAAUUUUCUGACCAUACUGUCUUAAGAACCAGAGGUUAAUCAGAGAGAGAAAUUAUGUAAUGUCCCUCUAAUGUACAACCAUAUAUGCUAACAAGUGUACUUACUUCUGGUUGAUUUUUUUACCUUUAGUUUUCCUAAAAUGAAUAAUUAUGUGGUGAGUUCUGACUCUUAAAGGGAAGAAAAUGGUUAUGUCUUUUAAAGUAAGGAUUACAGAAUUAGGGGGAUCUAAGAAAUUGGACAUGACAUUUGGAAUUUAAGAGGCUAAUUUUUUUUCUUAGUGAAGUAGAAUUGGAAUCUUUAUGGUAUAGGUAGUAAAGCUGAAGUAGUAUUUGGACGAUGAAUGAGAUACAAGUUUUAUUGCCUGGAAAGAAUCUCCCCUGCCCCCCCACAAAAAAGUAUUAUUUUCCAUCUGAAUAGAAUGGAUCUGAAUACUAUAUUACUUACAGUUUUAACGUUUAUUUAUUUUUUUUUUUUGGUUUUUCUCCGGUACCGGGAACCGAACUCACGACCUUGCGCUUGCCAGGCAGG